ACCGAUUCUCAAGAACGUCGAUUGAUUCACACUUGCCGCGGGUGUUCUAGAAUCUGUACCGCGUCUGGCUUCGUUUUUGAUUGGUGAACUUAUAUAUUAGGUCGUCUUCAAUUUAGUAGACCUAGCUCGAUGGAACAAUCUGACAAUGUGUUGAAUACCAUACUUGAAGAAGAUAAUUUCGAGGAGGAUGAUGAUGUUGAGAUGCUAGACGUAGAGGAAGGAGAAUUGAUAGAGACAGAUACUUAUAAUAGAUCAGAUUUGCUACAUAAUAAUGUUGAUUUAGAUUUGAAUACAACAGAUCAAAAUUCUGGGAUUAAGACCAGUAAGAAUAAGAGAAAGAAGAAGAAGAAGAAUAAGAGAAAGAGAUGCAAUUCAACUGGUGAUGUCACAGAUGUCAACAGGUUUGUUUUAGAUAUCUGUAAGAGGUUGAAGGAGAAGAAAUCGUACCUGAUGUAUAAUGCUGUUGGCGUCCUCGGUGCUUCUGCCUUGGAUGAUCUUGUUAAAGAGGUGGAUGCAAUUCAAGCUUGUGGAGGUCAAAAGACUGCAGAUGGCAAACGAUUUAGGUUUGGUGGUGGUAUACUAUGGAACAUCUUGAAAGUACGUGAUCCAAAUGCCUACAAAGAGAUAAUGAGAAGGGGAAAGGAAUUCGAGAAACAAUUUAGGCAACAAACAGAUCAGAUGACAUUGUCUUCCUCAGAUCAUUCAAUAGAGCAAGCUAAUAAUGAUCAGAGUCAAAUCAAGCCUCCGCUUGUGGAAGCGAAAAAACGUGUUUCUGCACUUGAUAGGUUGAGGGUGCCUGUCUCGUACAAUGAUCUACCAGGAGAAGAGGAUCAGAAAGACGAGAAAACACCUGAUCUGGGUUAAAAUUAUAUGUUACCUCAACUUGAUAUUUUGACAAUUCAUGCUCGUGUGGGUGGAUUGUUUGAAAAUCACUCGGCAUUCUUUUCUCGUAUACUUGAAUUUUGAGUUAUUGAAAAAGGCUGCGAAAACAUUCAAACUUCUUCUACCCAUUCUUACAAAAAGAGGGUGGGAAAGAAAUUUUGUUUGAUGAUGGUAUAAUAGAUGAUUGACAUAGAUUUAAACUUCC